AUGAGUGAACCACUUCCAAGAGCUUUCUUUGAUGUAGAAGCUGAUGGUGAGAAGCUUGGCAGAAUCGUCAUGGAACUUAGAACAGAUGUAUGUCCAAAAACAUGCACAAACUUCUUAAUGUUAUGUACAGGUCAAAGAGGAAACAGUAAAAUUAGCCGUAAACCACUCCAUUACAAAGGCUGCCCAUUCCAUAGAAUUAUCCCAGGAUUCAUGGCGCAAGGUGGUGACUUUACAAUGGGAAAUGGAAAAGGUGGUGAAUCUAUUUACGGCCAAUACUUCGAUGACGAGAAUUUUGAACUCAAGCAUGAAGGCCCUGGCGUUCUUUCAAUGGCAAACAGUGGUCCAAAUAAGAAUCGUAGCCAAUUCUUUAUUUGUUUCAAGGCACAACCAAGCCUUGACGGAAAACACGUCGUUUUCGGUAAGGUUGUUGAAGGUUUCGAUGAAGUCGUCUUACAACUCGAGAAACUUGGAUCAAAGAAAGGAGAAACUUCAAAACAAAUUCUUAUCGCCGACUGUGGUGUUUUAGAUGCCAACGGUAACAGAAUAGAGAAAUACCAAAUCAAGAAGAAAGGAGAAAAGGAAGAUAAAGGAUGCUGCACAAUUGCAUAA